AAUACAGAUGUUGAGGAAAACUUAACCAUGACGGAGAGAGCUUCAGAAGACUCGGAAAGAAAGAAAAGAUCAAUUGAUACUGGGAUGUGAUGUCAUGAUAAGUUAGCAGCUCCUGCGGAAAUGUAAGAGACAUUAAAAGAAGGCAGCUACUGAUGACUCAUGGCGACAAUGUCCCGAUUAUGGACCAUCUUCACUGCUAUCACUGUGCUGGCCGUGCAGCUCUGCAAAGGUGGGAAGUCCUGUUCCAUCUGGUCCAGCGCUGGACCUGUGGUGCAGCGAGGGUCCAGUUUCCAGGUGUUCUGCACCUUUAACUGCAAGUGCAAGGGGUCCAUGUACAGCGACCAUCCACCCAAACUGCAGGACCACACAGUACUGAAUUCCACAACAAUAUAUUGCAAUGUGGCGAACAUAACCAAGAACAGAACAUACAGCUGUCAGUGUAAGUGCUCUCCUGCUCUCGACCCAUGUGGACUGGACAUCUCUGCUGGAUAUCUACCAGAGCGGCCUAAAAACUUUUCAUGCAUCUACAAGGUCAAAGAUAAUGAAAGCGGAGUUGUGUUCUUCACCUGGAAAAGAGGAAGAGACACUUUUCUGAGGGAUAAUUCAGUGCUGUGGGUGAAGACUGUAUCUAAAAACCAUACUGAUGGCCCGGUAGAGCACAAAGCUUCCUCUAAGGGAACUGCUUUCUCCUCAGUUAGUUUCUCUGUGUCCGGCUCCGUCCAGCGGAUCUCCGUGUGGGUAGAAGCCAAAAAUCCACUGGGCUCUGCAGAGUCCAUCCCCAUAGACUACGAACUCGGUGACAUUGCGAUGCCAUCGACUCCUCUUCUUGGCCAACCUGAGUGCUUUUCCCGAGAGUGCGUCAUCAAAGUGGAGCAGCCUGUGCAGACUCAGCACCUGGAGAUCCAAUACAGAGCGGAAGCAACCACAUGGACUUCAUCUUCUCCUGCCUCAGGUGUGCAGAUGGGUUUGGUACAGGAUCGGUCCAUCUCCUCUCUGGAGCCCUACACCCUGUACCAUUUCAGAGCCAGAUCCAAAUUCAGUACCGGACUGUGGAGUCAGUGGAGCGAAAAAAUUUCCAGCUUGACUCAAGAGGAAGCUCCUGCCAAAGAGUUGGAUGUGUGGUACGCCAAAUCCGCCUCUGACUUUAAAUCCCUGAGAGUUUACUGGAAGGAGCCGAACAUUUCCACAGCCAGAGGGAUAAUCCUAGAGUACAAAGUCAGAGUUGACAGCCAAAAGUCUGGAUUGGUCUUCAUCACUAACGUUAGCGCCGCUGCCAGGAAUUAUUUGGUCCCGUUCUGCUCCGACUGUGAAGUGAAAGUGUGGGCUUGCAAUUCCAAAGGACCGUCCCCUCCUGCCAGAAUUACAACCCAUCACACAAAAGUGAAUGCUCAGCAGUUGGCGCCCCUUAAGGACGUGAAAGUAACUGCAGACAACCGCAGUGUCACCAUCUCCUGGAGGAAGCACGUCGCUGCACCUCUGCAUGCAGCGUACGUGGUGGAGUGGUAUCCAGAGGGCCACAAGCUGGAGGAGCUCAGAUGGGUCAGACUGGGCAGGAAUGACAACCAUACUGUUGUUACAGGAAUUCAGCCAUUUGAGUGCUACGAGGGAGCGGUGCAUGUUUUCUAUAAUGAGAGCUCAGUAAGCAGGACCAGAUUUACAGGUGUCAGCACUUUGACGUCAGCCCCAUCAGCUGGUCCAUCAGUCCAACAGACGGUUGAGGGAAACCAAGUGACAGUGACCUGGACGGAGAUUCCCAGGGGUCAGCGUGGGGGUUGUGUCACCAAAUAUACCAUCUAUUUAGAAAUAGGCAGCAAACAACAACAACAGCAUUACUUUAUACCAGCAUCAGAGAGGAUGCACAUCAUCAAAGACCUGUCUCCAGAUGUCUACAGCCUGUGGAUGACAGCUUCAACUGCUGAAGGAGAAGGGCCCGCGUGUCAGAAGGACAAGUUCUUAAUCCAGCAGGAGACCCAACUAUCCCCAAUACUAGUGUGUGGAGUCGUCGCCCCGAUCUUGAUGGUUAUGUUGUGUCUCUACCACAGUUCAGCAGUAAAGCAGAGGUUCUGGGUGUAUUUCCAGUGCCUCAUGCUCGAUGUGGUGCCAGAUCCUGCAAACAGCAAAUGGGCAAAAGAGUGUACCCAAGAGAUGGGUAAGAUAAACCUCCAGGUGGAGGUGAGUAACUCCAGUGGAACCGAGGGGGAGGAGGAGCCCAUCCUGGUGGAUGUGGAGGAGCUGCCCAAGCCGAGCAGUGACGUCUGCAGACCCACAGACGUCUCCUCGCGGCUCCUUCCUCAAACCGGCCUGAGCCCAGAGACGGAGCCGACCACAGCGCUCUACCCUCUGACCACCUACAUCAAGAGCUUCUCCCACGACUCAGACAGCUCCGACCACACGCAGACCUCUCUGGACACCAACACAACCGUCGACUACAUCUCAUCGCACGGGCUGGGAAACAUGGAUGAGGAGGAUCAGGAGGAUGAGGAGGAGGAUGAGGAUGAGGAGGAAGAGUUUGGAGGAAUGCUGGGUUUCUUCCCCAGUCACAACAUUUUCAUAGAACCGAUGGAGUUUGGAGGGAAGUUGACUCUGAAUUCCGUCAAAAUUGACUGCAGUGACUUUUUUCUUUCAGAACAGUAAAUGUUUGACUUGAAACCUGAACUCUUUGGUGAGAUGAGGUCUGAGUGAAAUCCAUUUUUAGAGGAAGAAGAAGGUUAAACUAAUGACUGGGUGGAACAAUGACUGAAUGGAUUCCUCUUUUUUCUGUUUUUUGUGUCUUUUUUUGCCUCACGCAUCUUGCUGAGAUUUGCAUGAACUACCUCCUUGCUCAUUGAAAACAACUGUAACAAAAAAUCUCUCGCUGAAGUGCAGAGCUGUUGUGCAGUAAUAAUUUUUUGAGAUGACUUUUUUUUCAUUUCAUGCAUUACCAUAGUUUGCUCUUUAGAGCAGCAUUGGACACACUAACACCAAAGCGAACAAAGUACAGGCUGCAUGAAGGAGUGUAUCAUAUAUUGGGAAUCCUGCCUGACUGUACUAAUGUAUACAUCCAUAACUAAUAUCUAUAAACAGAUUCUGCUUUAUGCAGAUAUGAACUUCCAUUUGUAGGUUCUCUAUGCAGUCUGUGUAGUAUUAACCAAUCACAUUCCAGCAGGCUUUGGUUGAAUGCAGUUAGCAACAGAGGAAAAACGCUUGGCCUAAAUACAAUCUCUGAACCCAUCGGCUAUUGGCUGACAGUUCUGAAAAGUGAAGCCAAUGCAUAAGUGCCUUAAACCUGCAUUCUUUCUAUUUGCCAUCAGGGGGCGACUCCUUUGGUUGCUUAAAGAAGACUGAUUGUAUAGAAGUCUAUGUGAAAAUGACUCUACUUCUCACUUGAUUUAUUCCCUCAGUAAACAUUGUAA